CAUGGAUUCCUCCUCCACAGCAUAGCUGUCUGCUACAGAUUCUCUCUUCCCUUCUGCCUUUUGCUGUUAACCUAAGAGCCACAAUUACCAAACUUCUCUUCAGAUCUCUCUUUCUUCUUCCUCGCUUCAGUACCAAAGAAGAAGAAGAUGAACAGCUAUGGAAACGCCUUCGAGGAGACUAUGAGAAACUCUGACGUCGUUUGCCCUCAACCGCGUCGUGUCGAUGUCCCCAACCACCACCAGCACCUUGCUCGAUCUCUCAGGUGGCAAGUCAGUCAUCAGAUGGAGUUGUCUGAAUCGAAUUCAAGACGGGAGAUGUUGGAUUUCAUCCUCGCAAAGAGUGGUGGUAGUUGUGAGCAAGAUCCUUUCUUCACAGGGUCACCGCCGAGUAGAGUUUCUAACCCUUUAACAAAAGAUUCGCUCUUUCGUGACGAGCUUUACGUGGUGGCUCAUCCUCUUCCUCCUCCGUUCGCUCCACGCGUGACCAAGCCGCCACCACCGUCGUCUCCAAGGAGCGGUGGUGGCGGUUGCGUUAGGGCGGUGGCUAACUUUAGGAACAAAGCUCCUGUUCGUGUCGUGGGGUUCAAUUGCGUUGACAGGGAGAGACGCAGCAGCGUUCCGACUCUUGCUUAAGGGAAAGAUUUAAGUGCAAAUAUAUAACAGAGAUGGAUAAAAACAAUAAAAAAAAAGAGAGGUUUAGGAUUGAUAAUGAUGUGUUUUUUUGGAUGAAAAUGUGCAAAUAUGUUCGAAAUUUGGGUAAUUUUUAAAAAGGACUGUAAUAUAAAAUUUAGGAUUUUGGAUCCAAUUUGGGAAUUUUUGUAAGUAAAAAAAGGCAAGAAAGAAAGGGUUUAUGAGUUGUUUGGUGUCAUUAGUGAAAAUAAAAGCAUUAGUGUUUAUUCCUUAUUGUAACAAAAGGAAAUACUUUUGAAAUGUGAAGAUAUCAUUUCUAUAUGUUGUCUCUUUUGUACAUAUAUGUAAAUUUCAAAGGAGUUGAAUA